UGACUCAGGUGGGAAAGCCUUUCCUGAGAAGCAACCUUGCUCUUUGCUGUUUUUCCCAUUGUGAUUGUCCUUUCUUUUAAACCGAUCUUUGUGUAUUUUAUUUAUAUUUGCAGUGGUGUGAAAACAUGUUUACCGCCUUCCGAGUUCUUGUUUUGUGUGUGCACGCUUGCCACACUUAAUACUUAGACUUUAUUCUCGUAAUAUUCUUAUGCCGCAGCCAAAUGUUCCAAAAAUUACAACUUUAUUCCAUGUUUCGUUUUGUUCCUCAUAAUAUCAAGACUUUUUUCUUUAAUGUUUUAACUUGACUAAUAAAAUUGUUAUUUUUCCUCAUUACGUUAUUCUCCUAAUAUUACAACUUUUUUCUUUUCAUAUUUUGACUUUAUUCUCUUAGAUUUCUUGUUCAGUCAUAUUUUUUAAGUCUGCCUCCAGCCAAUAAAAAAUAAAUUCUGCGAGGGUCACGAACCGCCCCCGGGCCGCACUUCGAACACCCCCGAUUCACCACAAUGCUGAAACCUGAAUAGAGGCAAAGGAACGUUGAUGCAGCCGUGGAAUAACGUAGAAUAUCCACGUAAGAAGACUAACGGUUGCCUUUCCAAUGCGUGUUGAACAAUCACUGCCAGCUGUGUCGAAAGGUAAGAGCGUGUGUGCGUGCUGAGUGAGGGUCAUGUGACCUACGUGGCGACGUCACAAGUGUUCAUGUGUGUGUGGGUCAGCGUGCAACCGGAGAGCGCGUCUUAAUCCGUCCCUGCCUCGUAUGGUGUGUGACAGCACACACGUGAUUGGGUUGCACUAAUGUGAGUGUUUGUGUGUAAAGUUGUGAACAAGCACACGGGGUGUUUUUGUUUUUUGGAAUGGAUGUUGUGUAGCGUGACGAGGAAGAGGAGGAGGGGCGUGGUCAGAACCGACCAAGUGCCCCCCUCCCCACCUCAAACUCACCCCCCACCCAGGAAGAUUUAGCCCGGUGUCACAGGAGCUGCAGAUAAUAAAGUCGCCCCGAAAUCCCGAAAACACAAACACACUUGCACCACAGCUGAAGGAACAUCGUGUGACAUUGAAGAGGACCACCGGAAGGAAGAUCACAUUAAAAAAAGUUUUAAAGGUACGUCACACUUGACCUGCCGACGAGCUCUCUGGUCCUGGAGACCUUUGAUCUGACGUUCUCGUCCUUCGUCCUUCGUCCCGGCGGCCAUGUCCCUGAGCCGGCAGCGUGGCGGGGGUGGGACCGAGCUGGAGGCGGGGCUAGGGAUGCUGGAGAAGCAGCUGACCUGUCCCAUCUGCUUGGAGCUGCUGCAGAAGCCCGUGGUCAUCCUGCCGUGUCAGCACAACCUGUGCAGGAAGUGUGCCAACGACCUCUACCAGCCCUCCUUGUUUCAGGCCCGCACCACCAUGACCGUCAACAGCGGACGCUUCCGCUGCCCGUCAUGCCGGCACGAGGUGAUCCUGGAUCGCCACGGCGUCUUCGGCUUGCAGCGGAACCUUCUGGUGGAGAACAUAAUCGACGUCUACAAGCAGGAAGUCGGCAGCGACGCCACCAGGCCCCUCCCUGCCUCUCCCUCAACUCCUGCUCAGAUCACCUGCUCCGAGCACGACGGCGAGAAGGUCAAUAUCUACUGCGUGACCUGCCAGCUGCCCACCUGCUCCCUCUGCAAGGUCUUUGGACAACACCAGUCCUGUCAGGUGCAAACACUGGACCACGUCCUGCAGCACAAGAAGGAUGAGCUGAGAGAGGGCGUGGCUUCCCUGGUGGAGGUCAACCAGAAAGUGCAAGUGUUGAUUGACGAGCUGGAGGAGACCUGCAGGAGCAUCGAGGAGAACUGCAAGACUCACAAACAGAACGUGUGCGACAAGUUCAGCCGAAUGUUCUCCAUCUUGGACGAAAGACACAAGGCCAUGACGGAGCGAAUCAGCUCAGAGGAAGAGGAGAAGACAGGCCGUGCCCAGCUGCUGGCGUGUUGCUAUGGCGACAGCAUGGCGGCCAACAGGAAGCUGGUGGAGAAGGCAAGGAGCAGCAUGGAGGAUCCCGACAUGGCCGCCUUCGUCCAGAAUUCCAAAGAGUUGAUCGCAAAGGUCCAAGCUGCCGCCCUGUUCAGUCCCGCUGAGAUGCUCAAAGCAGGACAGGAGGAGAUGACACGCUACACCUUCAACUUCAGCCAGCAGGAAAGCGCCGCCAGGAGCGUAGACUUCACCCGAGGUGACGUGCAUCUCAAUGAUGAGGAUUCUCCUGCAGAAGCAUCAGAACCCGCAGAACAUUCACAAUCUUCAGAACCGUCUGAACCUGCAGAAGCAUCAGAACCAGCGGAUGAACUGCACCAAGAGUCAUUAGGACUUCCAGAUCUUCUCAUCCAAAACCUUGUUGGUAGAGAGGAGGAGGUUCCGGAGCCGGUGGUACUGCCAGCAGAAUCAGAGCAGACGGCUCCAGAGGAUCCAGAGGACAGCGAGUGGACGGAGCAGGAGUCUGGUCUGAUCAAAGAAGAGGUGGAGGAAUGCGCUGCCGAGGAGGGACAGACAAGUCCAAUAAACACGCAACAGCGUGAGGAUGGCGGGGCCGUGUCCCAGGCAGAUGAUUGGACAGAAGGACAGAAGGAGGCGGGGUCAGCAGAUGUUUUGUUGUACCCUGGCUGGUACCGGUCCAGGAUGAAGCCGCUUCCUCAGGCUGGUGAAGCAGAGGAGGUGACGGACAGACAAGACAUGCAGGACUCCAUGUUGGAUCCGGAGACGCGUCUUCCAGAAGAUUCUUCUCUCCCACCUCAAAAGCAGCCACGCCCACUUUCCCCUCAGCUCCACCCACCAUUCAUGCCGCCUCCUCUGUUGCAAUUCCAAGAGCCAGCGCUUCCGGAGAUGGGAGGCGACGGCAAUGUGGGGACGGAGGAAGAUGACGAGGACACUCAGGGGUGGGUGUGUCUUUCUGAUGAAGGUUCCGACCCAGUGGAGGAUGUGACCCCCAUCCCAGCAGAGGAACACCACUUUGGUCCUGAGGAGGAAACAUUAGGACUCACGAAGGAGAAGCUGAGCGACUCCUCAGAAGGAGACGUCGCACCCAACGAGUCGCACAAAGUGGAGGCGAGUGACGAGGAAGAAAGCGUGACCUCCUUCGAUUCCCUCCAGGCUAUCACCUUGUUCUUCUACCUUGUGGCCUUCCUGGUUCUCCUGCAGAAGUUUUGGUCUUACAUUGGCUGCUUCAUAUGCACGUAAAAACACCAGCAGGGAGACGCUGCCAUCGGCACUUUAGCUCACCUCAGGUAGACGCCCACCCGCACACAAGCGUUCAUUGUGCAAAACAGUGUGCAAAACAGCAUGUGACCAGGCUGAUUCACGCACGCUGCCACAAUAAGAAAUAACUUAGUGUCGUGCCUUUAACACCACUAAAGCUCUUUUUAAGUGUACUUUUGUUUAGAAUCGGCGCAGUCAUGCAUGUUGUGUGUUACCGUUCAUACAUGGCAUAUCAAGUAAUAAACACAUACUAACUCCCCUCCGCCCCAAGUGGACCUUCACAAUCCAUUCUAGGACGCUAAGGGGCAAUCGCAUAGGAAGGCAUGUAAAUGUAAAUCUGUUCCAGUGUCAAACAAUGGCUCUCUUAAACGUGUACAGGGAAUGUCUUAAGUCACAUUUGAACAUAACUGUCACACAAGUGUAAAAAGAAGUUAACCACUGUUGAUUGUAAUGUAAAUAAUCUGUUCCAGGGUCAAAUGGUGGCCGCCAUAAAAGCUUUAUUAAGUCUACAGGCAAUGUUUCAAGUCACCUUUUAACACCCUUAACGUCAUACAAGUGUAAAAAGUGUUAACUGAUGCUGCUGAGUCCAUCCUGUCGUGCUCGCUGAAUUGAGCGUCGCGCAUUGAGAAUAAAAUCGUACAAAAUCGUAACAAAAAGAACAAAAAAUCUGAUUUUACAAGAAUAAAGUUAGAAUAUUAUGAGGAAAAAGUUGUUAGAAGUUGUAAAAAGGUGCAAUUAUAAUAUGAGAAAAAAUGAAUAAAAGCUGUCCUGUUAGGAGAAUAAAAUCGUAAUAUUGUGAGGGAAAAAAGUGGCAAUUUAACAAGAAAAACUACAAAUUUUGCUAGAAAUAAGAUGUAUUUUCAUGCUAAAAUGAAAUUAUUGUUUUCCAGGACUUUGAAUCCAUGAGUUUUUUUGCUUUAUUAUAUUGAGAAAAGGGAUUCCACAGGCUUCUUCCCCCUUCUGACACCUCACGGUUGUGUAACUGCAAUGACUAGGUCUUCCCAUCAAACGACUAACAGAUGAAUACUACUACUACUAAAAUGUGAAUGAGUUUGUGUUUGGGCACGUUUAACACUGAUCAGUCAGCUGACGUGGUCUUUUGCUCCAGGAGAGUCAAACCGGCAGCCACGCCUCCAGCAGUCUAGCUGCUGCUGCUGCCGCCUCCUCGUCGAGCCUCGGUGAGGUCCGGCGACCCACUUUCAGCUUCUCCUGGCUCAACCCGCUCUACAAGAACACAUAGG